AUGGCAGACGCUGAUGAAUAUAGCACUGCACCUACCCAGCAAGAAAUAACACCACUGCAGACAACAGCCACUAUCAUAAAUGCAAUAUCUGGAGAAUGUAUAACUACGAAUGUUGAUUUUUUCGUUUCCCUGGACAAAUUUAAACAGUUCAUUGCUAGGAAAUGGAAGAUUCCUCCCGAUCAGCUGCUGAUUCUACUACCUUAUGGUAACAAACUAAAACCGUCGAUGUUUAAAGAGCUGCUUAUUAAUAGGUCUUUUACUCUAAAUGAUUUUUACGUUUACGACAGACGACUAUUCUCACUUGUUAGUAAACCGACACCAACAAAUCUUUUAACGUCUAAGGAUUCUAAUCCCAUGAACUCCCCUAAUUCCAACGACUUGACAGAGACUCUGGAAUAUUUAAUUAAGAAUAGUCAUAUAUCUCAAUACCAAGGUAGCGAUACUAUUAUGAUCAAGCCUAUGCCCUCGCCUUUGGAGGACGCAGACGUAGAUCUUUCGCGUUUAAAUUACCAUUCCGUAACUAGCUUACUGACGACGAACCUUGGUUGGCUAAGCGCUUUAGAAAUAGAUGUACAUUAUUUUAAGAGCCUCAUACCAGACAUAAUAGCCCAUAUUAAGCGUAUUUUUGAUGGCUUAACCGUUUGCUCACAAUAUUUGAAGCUGUACUGCUUUGAUGUAGAAAGUUUGUAUAACUCAAACGUUCAAUUUUUAAAUCAGCUGGUAGACAAUGGUAUGACUUCAAAAUGGGAAAAAUGCUUCAAUGACACCUUGAGUAAGUUGACUGCUUUAGAGGGUGAUUCUUUACAAAAGUUCAUUAAUAUUGAAUCUCUCCUGGAGAACGAAAAAUCUGUAAAGAUUCUAAAUCAUUCAAUCAAUGGUAAGCUGAAUAAAAUUAAGAGGGAAAUUGACGAAAAUGCAAGUUUUAGAGAUAUUAUAACAGUAAACAUCGAUCGACUGCGGCAAAUGUUUACCCCGAAUGAAUCUAAAUUCGAGCUUGAAGACCAAAUGGCAGAGAGCUUUGAGGUACUGGUAUCAGAAAUGCGAACAAGAAGCAGAAAUGUACUUGAUAAAGAAGAAGAAGAAUUCAAUAGUCAAGAAUUUUUGAAAAGCAUGAAUGUGAUGUUGGAAAAGGAUAAAAAAGAAUCAGUGAAAACUCUCUUCACUAUAUCACAAGCGCUGUAUUCACAAAUAGGAGAACUAAUAGAUUUAAAAAAAAGUCUACAAAAGCAUGCAGUAGCCAUUUUGGGUAACAUAGCAUUCACCCAGAUGGAAAUCCUAGGUAUUAAAAGACUAUUAUUGAAUGAAUGUAAUAAAGAUUUAGAGCUAUACAAGAAAUAUGAGGUAGAAUUUGCACAGGUAGAAGAUUUGCCUCUGAUAUAUGGGCUUUAUUUAAUCGAAAAAUAUCGUAGGCUAUCAUGGUUCCAACAAAUUUUGUCAUUUAUCUCAAAUUUUAAUCAAGAUUUAGAGUUGUUCAAACAAAAUGAAUUACGAACAAGAAAUAAAUGGGUUAAAAAUUUCGGUUCCAUCGCGACUGUUUUUUGCGAAGAUCUAUUGUCUUCCUCUGAUUUCAAACGUCUAAACGAAUAUCACUCUCAUACUUCUCCACCAAAUGAAGAUGAGGAAGAUGAAAAUGAGAAUUCUAUAGCAAAUUACCGCCAAGACCUGGUAAAAGUAUCGCAAGCCAUUGAUAAUUAUAUGACGCAAAUUAAAGAAACAGAUGUUUCUGAACCGAUCAUUGAUCUACUUUCGAAAACACUUUUUGAGACGAAGAGAUUUCAUAUAAUAUAUUCCAAUUUCAAAAAUAAUAACAAUAAUAGUUCUAAUGGCAAUAGCAUUUCCCCUGAAGGGUCUAUUGCCUUGAAAAGUGAUGAUGUAGUCAAAGGAUACAAAACAAGAAUAAAAAAAUUAGAAUCGCUAUUACAUGAGUUUCAAUAUUCCGACAUAGGCCAUUGGCCUCAAGGUGUUCUCAAUACCCAUCUUAAGCCAUUUCGUGGUUCUGCUACGAGUAUAAACAAGAAGAAAUUCCUGGGAGCAUCUGUAUUACUAGAGCCUGCCAAUAUUUCUGAAGUGAACAUUGAUAGUGUUUCGCAAGCUAAUAAUCAUCAAAUUCAAGAGUUAGAGAGUAAUGUGGAUGAUCUAUUACACCAACUUCAACUAUUGAAAGAAGAAAAUAAUCGAAAAUCAAUGCAAAUUUCGGAAAUGGGGAAAAAAAUAAGUGAUCUAGAGGUGGAGAAGACAGCUUAUCGCGAAACUUUGACUAAUUUGAAUCAAGAAUUGGCAAGGUUAACUAAUGAAGAACAAUCGCAUAGAACUGAAAUUUUUACCCUCAAUGCCUCUUUCAAAAAGCAAUUGAAUGAUAUAAUUAGCCAAGACAAUGAAAAGAUAGAAAAGCUAACAGGUGACUAUGAUGAUGUUAGCAAAUCGAGGGAACGAUUGCAAAUGGAUCUGGAUGAAUCUAAUAAGAAGCAUGAACAAGAGGUCAAUUUGUUGAAGGCUGAUAUUGAAAGGCUCGGUAAACAAAUUGUGACUUCAGAGAAAAGUUACGCUGAGACUAACUCAAGCUCGAUGGAAAAAGGUGAGAAAUUCGAAACCAUUCCUCUUGCUGAGGACCCAGGUAGGGAAAACCAGAUAUCUGCAUACACACAGACUCUGCAAGAUAGAAUAUUUGAUAUAAUAUCGACAAAUAUUUUCAUUUUGGAGAACAUUGGGUUGCUGUUAACCUUCGACAAUAAUAAUAACAUCCAAAUUAGACGAGUCAAGGGAUUGAAAAAGGGAACCGCCCAAAGUAAUAUACUGGAUGAAAGCACACAAAUGCUGGACGCACAUGAUAAUUCUCUAAUAAAAAGUCCGGUUUUCCAGAAAUUGAAAGAUGAGUAUGAAUUAAUAAAGUCAGUUGCCAAUGGAUCUGAAAAGGAUACACAGCAAAGCAUUUUUCUGGGGAAUAUCACUCAAUUAUAUGACAAUAAGCUUUAUGAAGUUGCCGUUAUCAGGAGAUUCAAGGAUAUUGAGACCUUGGCCAAAAAAUUAACUAAAGAAAAUAAGAUCAAGAGAACGCUAUUGGAGAGAUUCCAAAGGGAAAAGGUGACUUUGAGGAACUUUCAAAUUGGCGAUUUAGCAUUAUUUUUGCCAACACGAGAAAACGUUAAUUCUGUCGGGUCUAUGUCGUCUUCCACCUCAUCAUUGAGCUCAUCAUUUUCAUCUGUUGAUUUAUCAACUCCACCGCCUUUGGAUGCUAUGUCUAUACAAUCGUCUCCCUCGGUGAUACAUAGUAAUGUAAUCAAUCAAGCCAGUAUAUCUGGCAGGGACAAGAAUAAACUGAUGAGGCCUUGGGCUGCAUUUACAGCUUUUGAAGAAAGCACAAGAUAUUUUUUAAAGGACGAAAAAGGAUUGACGAAGGGGAAAGAAUGGUUUGUAGGCAGAAUUGUCACUUUGGAACAUUUCGUAGCAGAUAGCCCCUCUAAUAAUCCAUUUAGACUACCAAAGGGCUCAGUUUGGUUUCAGGUCACUGCGGUUGUGGUUUCAUACCAGGGAGUUUGA